GGCUUUGAAGCUCCGGCCGCCGAGUUCGUUUGCCCAACUUUGUUCAUCGUAUUCGACGGCGCCGCCCGGCCGGUUGUCCUCUCUGUAUAUUGUUUACAUCCAUAUUCCUACAACCAAACAUGCCUGCCUAACAUAAUUUAAACAAAAAAUGUACGUGUGCAAGUUAAAAAACGAAUUUUAUUAGCAAGUGUUGCAAAUUUAUGUGAUAAAGUGCGUUAAAAUGUGCGUGAUGCGUCCGAUCUUGGUGGUUAUGCUCUUCCUAUCCGGUUUCGAGCACUCAUUCGGAUCCGAAGAUGUAGUGCACCACUCCGCUCAUAGAAUACGCAACCACAGAGUUGGCAGACGACACCGGGCUGUGAAUGAUGGCGAGCUGCAUUUUGAACCGGAGCCCUAUAGUAAGAAACUGGAACUGAAUUCUUCUGGGAAAAUACAUUGUAAAGUCGCUGGUGGUGUCGCUCCAACAGUACAAUGGUAUUUGAACGACGAGGAACCCCUACCAGAGGGCGUGACCUCUGCAAAUGGCACGCUGAUGGUAGCUGACGCGGAGCGGCGUCACUCUGGCCAGUACACCUGCAAGGCGGUGGAUGGAGAGCAAUCCAUUACUGCUAAAAUCAGUCUUGAUGUUGUUGUGACUCCUCGAGUAGUGGAGCCGUCCCCGGGGCAACAGCUGCACGUGACGGUGGGGCAGACGGCCGUGCUGAACUGCGUGGCCACCGGGGACCCGCCCCCCACCACGCACUGGGACAGGAACCUCGCUAUAUUGGGGAAACAACAAGAUGGCGGAGUGGAGGUAGAAGAUGGAGUCAACGCUUCCAUAGCAAGACUGGUGUUAAUGAACAACGGUUCGCUGGUGAUCCGCAACGUGUCGGCCCCGGACGCGGACCGGUACGGCUGCACGGCCGGCAGCGCCGCCGGACUGGCGCGGAACGAACUGCAGCUCGUUGUGCAUCAAGAAGGAGAGCUCCCCCCUCAGGAGUCGAGUGGGGUGGCAGGCAAGGCGGUGGUGGUGUCCAUCUCGGUGGCCGGCGCAUACAUGGUGCUGGUACUGGCGCUCAUGGUCUACUGCAGGAGGCGGAGGCUCCGCAGGCGGCAGAGAGGCGAGAAAAUGGAGUUAGAGAUGACAGAAGGGCGGGAGAAGUUGGUAGAAGAUGGGGAAGAAGAGAAACAGAAGGUGAACGGAGCAGCCUUGCAGAACGGCAGACUGUUAGCGCAUGAUAAGGAUAGCGGUGCAGAUAACUCGGAGGUGUCUGGUGUGUCCCGUGCGUCCAAAAAAUCUGGUCAGUUCGAACAUCUGUCUGUACCACGGAGUCUGCUCACUGAACAGAUUACACUGGGUCGUGGUGAGUUCGGCGAGGUAAUGCUAGCCAAGAUAGACAUGUGCCAGCUGAACAAGUUGCGGAACAAGGAGGGCCUGGACGCGGACGGCGAGCCCAAGCUGCGGCCUGUACUCGUCAAGGCACUCACUGCUAAAGACGAGGUUCAGUUGGCGGAGUUCCGUCGCCAGUUGGAGUUGUUCUCCCGCGUGCGGCACGACAACAUGGUGCGGCUGCUGGGGCUCUGCAACGACGCCGACCCGCACUACAUGUUACUGGAACAUACCGACUGGGGAGAACUAAAGAAGUUCCUAAUAGCGACUCGUUCCCCGGAGGAGAACGCGGAGUACGUGUCCCGCGUGGGCGCGGCGCACGCCCCUCUGGUGCCGGCCCGGGCCUGCGCCCCGCUGGGGGCCGAGCACCGCGCGCUGCUGGCCGGACAACUCGCCGCCGCACUCGCCAAGUGCGCCGCGCACAGGUUCACGCACCGCGACAUAGCGGCCCGGAACUGCGUGAUAACGUCGAAGCUGCAGCUGAAGCUGUCGUACCCGGCGCUCACCCGCGGCCCCGACUCGCACGAGUACUUCAAGCUGCACGAACAGGUGAUCCCCCUCCGCUGGCUGCCCCCCGAGGCGGUGUUGGAGGGGGACUACUCCACCAAGUCCGACGUCUACAUGUUCGCCGUCACCGUCUGGGAGAUCUAUACCAAAGGAGAGUUGCCAUUCGCGAAAUUGAACGACAACUCUGUGUUGGAGCGAGUGAAGGCGGGCACUCUCGACUGGAUGAUCCCGGACUCAAUGCCCGAGCCAAUGGCGGCGCUACUUAAACGUUGUUGGAGUAAAUCCCCAUCAGACCGGCCGCAGUUCACAGAGAUAUACGAACAGAUCACAGCCAUACUGCAAGACAUCACAUCGGAAAACACAUCGCAGAAGUCACAGGACAAGGCUGAAGAAUAGACUUUAGCUCUAUUUGAAUAAGGUUUAAUUUACUUUGACAGUUUCAUGUGAUUAAGGUUUAGUUUUCUUUAGCUCACAUCACAAAAGUCUUGGAAUAAAGUUGAGAGGGAGAUACAAGCAUUUAAGACUAAUGGUAAUAGUUUAUACCAUUUGUGACUUUAUUUAGGGCCAUCCAUUAAUUACGUCACACGUUAAAGGGGG